AUGGAGCCGAAUGUCCAUUAUCAAAGCCUCGAAACACCUACAUGGUGUAUUGCUGACUUCUGCCUCAUCCCUAUUGGCACAUCGACGCCAUCAGUCUCGAGUGAGGUAGCCGCCGUACAGCGAUUGAUGAAGUCGAGCGGUUUAAGCUACGAGAUGCACAGCGCGGGGACAACGCUCGAGGGGAGCUGGGAAGACGUUUUUCGAAUUAUCGGACAGGCGCACACCUUGGUGCAUAAGAAUCAAGCCGUGCGCAUACAAUCUGAUAUCCGCGUUGGAACCAGGACGGACAAAUGCCAGCGCUUCAGCCAAAAGGUGUCCAAAGUUGAAGAAAUACUGGGAGCGGAAAAGUCAUCGACUGUUUAA